AUGCUGUGUUUUGUCGUCCUAUGUUUGGCGUUGUUCAAGUCGCCGCCCUCUACCGUUGCCGCUCCCUUAAUGAUGGCCACCGACGGACUGGCUGACAACAGAAACUUUCGGCUCUGGCCUCGGCGAUCGUCGCCACCCGACACCUUUGCCGUCCUCACGUGGAUGGCUGCCGAAGAACCCACUGACAACCAGAACUUCCAGCCCUCGUCGCAAUAUCACUACCAGUGUGGCCAACACGCGAAGGUGACUAAGUCCACCCCAGCUGUGUUCCACACCAGGACAGGUCAUUUCCAUGGCAGCUCGAACGUUUUAACAGAACCUGAUCAGGCCUCGGCAUACAUCAGGAAUCAACACGAUCAUUCAACCGCGGUCACCGAAUCCGACUCAGCAGUGGUAUACACCAGGGCAAACCAUUACCACUACCCCUCAAUGGUGGUAACCAAGUCCACCACAGCCAUGUUCCACACUAGGGCAGGCCAUUACCACUACCGCUCGAGCAUUGCAACCAAGUUCCCUCCAGCCAUGGUCUACACCAGGGCAGGCCAUUACCACGACCACUCAAGCAUGGUAACCAAACCCGACCGAGUCUCAGCACACAUCAAGAAUCAACACGACCACUCAACUACGGUCACCAAAUCCGACUCAGCAGUGGUCUACACCAGGGCAAACCAUUACCACGACCGCUCGAGCAUGGUAACCAAACCCGACCAGGCUUUGGCACACAUCAAGAAUCAACACGACCACUCAACUACGGUCACCGAGUCUGACUCAGCAGUGGUCUACACCAGGGCAAACCAUUACCACUACAGCUCGAGCAUGGUAACCAAGUUCACUCCAGCUAUGGUCUACACCAGGGCAGGCCAUUACCACGACCGCUCGAGCAUGGUAACCAAACCCGACCAGGCCUUGGCACACAUCAAGAAUCAACACGACCACUCAACUACGGUCACCGAAUCUGACUCAGCAGUGGUCUACACCAGGGAAAACUAUUACCACUACAACUCGAGCAUAUCAACCCAGUCCACAACAGCUUCGGUCUACACUAGGGCAGACCAUUACCACGACAGCUCGAGUGUGGCUACCGAGCCCGACCAGGCCUCGGCAUACAUCAAGAAUCAACAAAACCAAUCAACCGUGGUCACCGAAUCUGACUCAACUGUGGUCUACACUAGGGCAGACCAUUACCACGACAGCUCGAGUGUGGCUACCGAGCCCCACCAGGCCUCGGCAUACAUCAGGAAUCAACAAGAUCACUCAACCUCUGUUACCGAAGCUAAACCUGGUCCUUACCCGAAUAAUCAUAAUCAGCUGCAGCUGACGUCGAACAGUAUUCCGCCGUCAUCGGUGGAAAACACUGUUGCUGAAGAUGUUGCGGCGUACUCCCGUUAUUACGACGAAUCUGGAGAAGACUUCGUAGAUGACGACUACUACUCGUUAUAUGGUUUGGUUCCGGUUAUUUUGCUGAUGACGUUUGUGUUGUUGUAUCCGAGUUUUUAUUGCUAUAGUACUCGGAGGAAGAAAACAAACGGUUUUUAUUUGCAAACAAAUAGCUGCAGUUGUACAGCAAAAUAUAUUCGCUGUUCCAAAUAA